CAUCUUGAUGUGUGGAUUCGAUCAUGCUCAUUAACCCCUUACAUGUUCUUUCUGAGACAACAUUCUUAAAGUGAAAUAAACUUUCAAUCAGGAUGAGUUUGUGACAUUCUCUUUAGUCUUUCCACCAAAUCUCAACCAUUAAAUGCCCACGACUAUUUUAUCGGAAGCAUCGUUAACUGAAAUGUCUCCACUGCUAGUUUGGUUCUUUUUCUUUGUGAUCAAUCACUAAUUUUGUUCUUUUUUUGGGUAGAAGUUAGUUUGGUUCUUUUAUGCAUGACUCUCAAGUUUCAACUCUCAACCAUGCAAUAAGAUAAGAGACUCCAAGGCCUUUUAUGAUUCUGUUCCAUAUUCCCAACUCCCUCCAUGCUCAAUCAAUUCUCUGAAUCUGAUCCAUGGCCAUGAUGAUGCUGACGGCGGCUUAUGUGGUGGACUGGAUGGCUGGUGGAAAGAAAGAAUGAGCUUAAAAUACGUCCAAAGCCCAUAGGCUUUGGCGGCCCAGUAUCACUUCUGCUGUCUCGGCUCAUUGGACUCCCUCCCAUAUGUCAAAACUCUAGCCACCCUCUAUCGGGCUGAAGCCUUUUUAGUGAGUUGGUCUGCAUGCUAGGCUUAUAAGGUGGGCUUUUGGCCAUUACAGUAUCUUGGGCGCUUUUAUUAUUAUUUUAAUCUAGAUUUGAAAUCAAAAUCAUUCAUAAUUAUCUUUGGGAGAAUUUUAUUAACGAGAUCCUAUUACUUCGUUGGGCGCGACCGCCAUUUUCAGAACUUAGCAGGUCUGCUCAUGUAACCGGCGUGUCACGGACGACACUCACCAUCAUCAUCAUCAAUCCCGUCCUCCCCACUCUUCUUCUCCUCUUCCGCCAAUUCCUUGCGUCCAACCACCGCCCACCGCCCACCGCAGACUCGUUCCGAACAAAUAAAACAAUGGGGAACGUCGUCACCUCCUCGGCACCGCCACCGCCGAUGGUGCUCGUCCCUCCGCUCUUCGAUUUCCCGCCUCUCGCCGCCCGCAACAGGAUGCUGGAGUCGUCGUACAACUUGUUGUUUGGGAAGCUGGCAUUGAAAUGCCUGUUCGAGGAUUAUUUCGAGGAAGCCAAGCAUUUCACCACCAUGAUCAUGCUGAAGCCAAUUGAUGAUCCUCAUGUGGAUUUGAUUGCAACUGUUUCAGGGCCAUUGGACCACAAGCCUGAGGAGAAUGUUGACGGAAGUGCAUUUUUCCGCUGGCAAAGUGAUGUGCAUGAUCCUCAUACAUUCAUGGACAUCUAUGCAUCAAACUCUGAUCCUAUUCUACGACUGAGAUCAUGUGCUUUCUAUCCGAGAUUUGGAGUGGGAGCGUUCGGUAUAUUGCCCUUAUUAUUGAGGAAGAGAGUUGCUUCUGAAGAUUAUGGAGUCAUGGGACUGAGAUAUGGCUCCGAGUGCUUAUCAAUUGGAGCCACCGUGUUGCCUUUUGCUCUGCAAGAGGAGUUGCCAAAGAAUGCAUGGUUAGUAAGCAAGAUCGGAAGGUUGUCUCUAGGAGUACAGUAUGAGCCUCAGUUUGGUAGUGUGAAUGGUGCCAAGUACAAGAAUCCCAAGAACUGGAGUGCCGCACUUGGAUAUGGAGUAGGAUCAGCGAGCCCCAUAAGUCCUUCCUUUAAUUUUGGUCUUGAACUUGCUCAAAGUUCCCAGUUUAUUGCCUCGUUCUAUCAACAUGUGGUGGUUCAGAGACGUGUGAAGAAUCCAUUUGAAGGAAAUGAAGUAGUUGGAAUCACAAAUUAUAUCGACUUCGGAUUCGAGUUGAAGACAAGGAUUGAUGAGGCGAAAGUGUCGAAGGAUCUACAAGACUCCACCUUCAAUGUUGCUGCAUCCUGGCAGGCCAAUAAGAAUUUCCUUCUUAAGGCAAAGAUUGGUCCCUUGGCCUCAUCUGUUGCAUUGGCAUUCAAAUCAUGGUGGAAACCUUCAUUUACCUUCAACAUUACAGCUACCAGAGAUCGAAUGACUGGGAAAACAGGAUACGGGUUUGGCAUCCGUGUGGAAAAUCUUCGAGAAGCCAGCUACCAACGGGCGGAUCCAAAUUUCGUAAUGCUGACACCAAGCAAAGAGCACUUAGCAGAAGGCAUCCUUAAGAACGGAAAUCGACCCAUGUUGCAAGCUGAUGUCAACUCUGGUAACUACGAGGGCCUGCCCAGAGAAAUGAGACCUUAUGGCAAGAUUCUAUAGAGAGAUAGAGAGAAAGAUCUUCCCCACCCCACCUCCCUUUUCUUUUUAUCUCAUGAAGUUGUGUAGAACUUCAUUUCCCUCUUCCUUUUCCUUUCCUGAAUUAGGUAGCAUUCGAGUUAGAAAACCCUAAAGAGUAACGCUUGACAUCUUUGGAUUACCACUCUCUCGCAUUUUCAGAGGCGAAAAUUUUGAAAAUAAUGGCUUUACGUGAUU